AUGUCUUUCCUCGCUAGAAAGCCACUACAGCUCAAUGCUAGAAGGACCUUGACUUCCCUCAGUUCGUUUUCUCCAUUGCGUUCACUGUUUGCACAAAAUAAAAGUCAGGGACUACUGGGGGUUCCUGAGACUCAUUCACCAUUAUCUAGCAUUUCGCUGUUGUUUCCAUUCGGUAUCAUGCAAAGAAGGUGGAAAUCUAGAGGUAAUACUUUUCAGCCAAGCACACUAAAAAGGAAAAGAAGAAUAGGUUUCCUAGCUAGAGCCAGAAGUAAGACGGGCUCAAGGGUUUUGCAGCGCCGGAAGGCCAAAGGUAGAUGGUAUUUGACCUAUUGA